AUGUCUGGUCCUGUUGCUGAUCUGGGCCUCAUCGGCCUGGCCGUCAUGGGCCAAAACCUCAUCAUGAACAUGGCCGACCACGGCUUCACAGUCUGCGCCUUCAACCGAACCGUCUCCAAGGUCGACCGCUUCCUUGAGAACGAGGCUAAGGGCAAGUCCAUUGUCGGUGCUCACAGCGUCGAGGAGUUUGUCAGCAAGCUCAAGACCCCCCGCCGCGUCAUGCUUCUUGUCCAGGCCGGCCAGGCCGUCGACGACUGGAUCGAGAAGCUCCUGCCCCUCCUCGAGGCUGGCGACAUCAUCAUUGACGGUGGCAACUCCCACUUCCCCGACUCCAACCGUCGCACUCAGUACCUGAACCAGAAGCAAAUCCGCUUCGUUGGCUCCGGUGUCUCUGGUGGUGAGGAGGGUGCCCGCUACGGCCCCUCCAUCAUGCCCGGUGGCAACGAGGAGGCCUGGCCGCACAUCAAGGACAUCUUCCAGAGCAUCUCUGCCAAGAGCGACGAUGAGGCUUGCUGUGAGUGGGUUGGCGACGAGGGUGCUGGUCACUACGUCAAGAUGGUCCACAACGGUAUCGAGUACGGUGACAUGCAGCUCAUCUGCGAGGCCUACGACAUCAUGAAGCGCGGUCUCGGCAUGUCUGGCAAGGAGAUUGGUGAUGUUUUCGCCAAGUGGAACAAGGGCGUCCUGGACUCCUUCCUGAUCGAGAUCACCCGCGACAUCAUGUACUUCAACGACGACGAUGGCACCCCUCUCGUUGAGAAGAUCCUUGACCAGGCUGGUCAGAAGGGCACCGGCAAGUGGACUGCCGUCAACGCUCUCGACUUGGGCAUGCCCGUCACCCUCAUUGCCGAGGCCGUUCUGUCCCGCUGCUUGUCUGCCAUCAAGCCCGAGCGCGUGGAAGCCUCCAAGGUUCUUGAGUUCAAGAGCCGCGAGACCAAGUUUGAGGGCGACAAGGCCCAGUUCCUCGACGACCUCGAGCAGGCCCUCUACGCCUCCAAGAUCAUCUCGUAUGCGCAGGGUUUCAUGCUCAUGCAGGAGGCUGCCAAGGAGUACGGCUGGAAGCUCAACAAGCCUUCUAUCGCCCUCAUGUGGCGUGGUGGCUGCAUUAUCCGCUCCGUUUUCCUCAAGGACAUCACCUCUGCUUACCGCAAGCAGCCUGACCUGAAGAACCUUCUGUUCGACGACUUCUUCAACAAGGCCAUCCACGAUGCCCAGCCUGGCUGGCGUGCGGUUGUGGGCAAGACUGCUGCCCUCGGUAUCCCGACCCCCGCCUUCUCCACUGCUCUGUCUUGGUUCGACGGUUACCGCACCGCCAACCUGCCCGCCAACCUGCUCCAGGCUCAGCGUGACUACUUCGGUGCCCACACUUUCCGUAUCAAGCCCGAGAACGCCAACGAGCAGUACAAGGAGGGCACCGAUAUCCACGUCAACUGGACCGGCCGUGGCGGCAACGUCUCUGCCUCUACUUACCAAGCGUAA